AACAGAUUUCCACAUUUCAAAAAUAACUAGGGUUAGGGUUUUUAGCGACUAGACAACAAAGUGAAACCAGAAGAGUUUUUGGCGACAGAGUGAGAGAAUGUCGAAGAAGAACAACUUAGCUCUCAGAAGGAAAGCGCACGAAUUCGACCUCAGAAGAGAGAAAGAAGAGAGAGAAAAGAAGGCAAUGAAGUUGCAGGCGAAGAAGAACAAGAUGAAGGUGGAUGGUAGUGGCAAGAAGAAAAAGAAGGGUGCAAGUGGUUUUCAAGUUAGGAAGAAAAAGGUGAAGACCAAACUGACGGCCUUGGCUAAAGCGAAAGCUGCACAGGCGAUGGAGGUUGACAAAUGAGGUUCUACAUGAUUCAGUUAGUUAUAUUUUAAUAGUUAUCAGUUACAGAUGGUAUGCUACAAGAUUUUUUGUUUCUUUUGUGGUCUGUAACUUAACAUGUUUAUAUAUGGUAUACAAUGGCAUUUUGGUCUUC